UAAAUAAAGCGUAAAAAUAACGAAGUGAUACCGACAUUACGAGAAAAACAAAACGGAGGAGAUAAUAAAAGGCACAGAACACAAGGGAUGGUACAGCAACUAUAAGCGGAGAAUGUAAAAGUAGAUAUAACUUUGAAAGAGUGUUUACGCGCCAGUAAGUUUCACGAGUCGGCUACGCCACUGGAAGAGCGCUCGAAAUAGCGGCUUGAUACCGAAUGCACGCUAGUUCUAUUGCUAUAUUCCAAGCGAUUCACCGUAUUCCAUCAUACGCGCCGACGGGAAGCACGUAUUUAUUUCGUAUUCAACUACGAAUUUUUAGGUUGUUUAUUGGCAACGCUAUCUAUCGUUGCUCCACUCCCCUUAUCACUAUAUUUAACGUUUAUCCAUCGUAUCUGAUAUCGUAUCAUUGAAUACGUGCCGUUGUCUAUCGAUACAUCCCCAAUAUAAUUUUUAAUUCAAAGAAAUAUCCCUUAAAGGAAUUAUCUGUCAUUUGCCGCACUUUUCAAAACUGGAUCUGGUGAUAUUCGAAAAGUAAUACUUGUGCGUAUUUAUGAAGUUUCCGUUUACGUUAGCCGGAUCUAUGCUACGUAAUCUUCUGAAACAAUUUGUGCAUUGACGGAGGAAUGGGUUUAACGCAAUUACAUGUUUUCUAACGAACCAGAGGCGACCUGGAUUUAUUGCACUGGCGGUGAGAAGAAUUUCUGCCGACGUGGAACAACGGCACAAUGUCGACCACGCUCGUUUAAGGUAUCACGAAGCAAAUGAUGAACCGGUAGACAAUGAUUUUUCAUACGGACUGACUAUCGGUAUUCAAAUUCACACGUGCUUUUAUUUCUACCGCUGCUUCUCCACGGCUUUAUCAUGACGAGUGUUGUUCCGCUCACUGAUAAACAACUCCAUCAGUUGAGUAUCAGUAUCGGGAAAGCUGUGAAUCCUGCGGAAACCCCAGUGAAGGAGAAACAUGUGCGAAGCGCGAUUAUUGGUACAUAUCAAGAAAAGAGUGGAAUGAUCUUUUGGAUGUACAUGUUAAGGCAGCCUCUACAAGAGAAUCAAAUAGUCGCGUGGAAAUUUUGUCAUGUUUUACACAAAAUACUGCGGGAAGGUCACCCAAAAGUGAUUCCAGACUCUCAGCGGUACCGGGCGAAACUAGAGGACAUUGGGAAACUAUGGCAACACCUUCGAGAAGGUUACGGCCAGUUGAUUCAGUUAUAUAUAAGACUGUUGAUAACGAAAUUAGACUUUCACAAGAGAAAUCCACGGAUACCGGGGAAUCUUCAAGUAACGGCGGAGGAAUUGGAAGCUAUCGGAGAAAAUGACAUCAAUGUAUAUUUUCAAAUGUCAGUUGAAAUGUUCGACUAUAUGGAUGAUAUUUUAAAUUUACAACGCGCAGUUACCACUUCGUUGAUGAAUACACCUUCGAAUUCCAUGACCGUUAGCGGACAGUGUCGACUAGCACCAUUAAUACCAUGCGUCUUAGAUGCAUCGCAGCUCUAUGAUUAUUGCGUGAAAAUUUUAUUCAAACUACAUAACGCUUUGCCAGCUGACACUUUAGCUGGUCAUCGUGACCGAUUCUCCAAACAGUUUCAUGAACUGAAGAAAUUUUAUAAUACAGUGAAACAAAGGCAGUAUUUUAAGUCACUUAUAACUAUACCUUCGUUACCAGAGAAUCCACCAAACUUUUUAAUACAAUCAGAACUACGGACAUACGUCACACCGAGAGUCGUUUUGCCACCAGAAGAGUCUUUGGAUAGCGAAACAGUUGUGGAUAGUCUAAUUGAUACAUCUGACACGAGUUCGUUACCCGGCGAUCAACUGGAUUCAACACGAAAUGGUUCAAUUUCUCCGGACACAAUAGCAGAAAGAGAAAGUCUUAUCGAUCAUUUACAUCAAGAAAAUAGUCGCCAAAGACAAGAACUGCAUCGCGUAUUGACCGAGCAUCAGCAAAUUGUGGAAAAGCUCCAGAUGCGAGUGACACAACUUGAAUCUAAUUUGUUUACCAAGUGUGACGAGAUAGAACAAGAGAAACAAAUUAAUCAAGAUUCUUUGAAGCAAAAGGCAGACAUGAUGGUAAAAGUUCAUGAAAGUGAAGUAAAGUAUAAAACUUUGGAAGAAAAGUUCCAAAAGCUGAAAGAUGUGUAUGCGAAAUUAAGGGAGGAACAUAUCAGUUUAAUUAGAAAAAAAGCAGAUGUAGACAAGCAACUUGGGUUACUGAAAAUGUCGCAAGAGGAAGCACAACGACGACGAAUCGAGGUAGAACGUAGACUCGAUGAGCUGGUGCAGGCCCCAGCCAUAAAUGAACAAGAAGGGCAAAAGAUCGUCGAAGCGCAACAGGAUUUGGACGACAUGAAACAACAACUGGAUACCACGAAAGCUGAAAACUUGGCGUUGAUUGCCAAAAAUCAUUUUAUAACUUCUGAAAAAACGGCUUUAGAAGGCGACCUGCAUGAUUUAUUAGCACAGAAAGAAGAGUUAGAUUUAAAGAUUGAAAAACUAGAAGUUGAGACUGAGCGAUGCCGCAAUGAAAUGAAUGUACGUGCUGAUACUAUGCUGUAUGAGUUAUUGUUAAAUUGUAUAUCUGAAGCAGAAGAUAUAAUACAAUAUUCGUUGAGUGCUAUAGACAAUCCAGCAAUGUCUGAUUUAACUUGCACACCUCAGUACCUUGAACGGUUAGAGGAAUCGACAGUAAAAUCGUUAGAUGUAUUAGAUGCAACGUAUACUGGUUAUGUAUGCGAUACAACGAAAGGAAAAAUGCUCAUUAAAAGUGCAAUACAUGUUGCCUAUAUUUUGGGACUCUACUUGAUUCAUGCAAAAUCUACAUCGAAUACUUCUAUCGAUAUCGCAUUGGGCGAUAAAUUGACUGAUGAAUGUAAACAAUUAGGAGUACAAUCUUUAACUAUGUUUAGUUACAUAAAAGAAAAAUCACCGAUGACUGUUGGCCAAAUUAAUGACGUAAGACAACAAUUUAAGAAAAUAUGUGAACUCGCUGCCACGCUGUCUAGUGGCCAGGGGAACGUUGAAGUAAUAGGCAGUUUAGUGGAAAAGGAACUUUUAAGCAUGGAUAAAGCAAUAGAAGAAGCUGCCAACAGAAUACAGGAUAUGUUGGAAAAAUCGCGAGCUGCGGACUCAGGAUUAAAAUUGGAGGUAAACGGGAAAAUUUUGGAUUCGUGUACAGAACUGAUGAAGUGUAUUAGAAAGUUAGUUCAAAAGUCACGAUUUUUGCAAGCCGAAAUCGUGGAGCAAGGAAAGGGUACAGCAUCUGCUACAGAAUUCUAUAAACGUAAUCAUCAAUGGUCUGAAGGACUUAUAUCAGCAGCGAAGGCAGUUGCGAUGGGUGCUAAUUUGUUACUGGAAGCAGCAGACAAAGUUGUUGCUGGAAAUGGUAAAUUUGAACAACUGGUCGUUGCGUCGCAGGGCAUUGCCGCGUCAACAGCUCAGUUAGUAGUUGCAAGUAGAGUGAAAGCAAAUAGGAAUAGCAAUAACUUGGCUGCGCUUUCUGAAGCAUCGAGGGAUGUGACACAAGCAACAGGAAGCGUAGUGGCGACUGCUAAAAAUUGUAGUCAACUCGUUGAAGAAAAUGAUGAUUUAGAUAUUUCUGGGCUAAGUCUGCAUCAAGCUAAGCGAUUAGAAAUGGAGGCGCAGGUUCGCGUACUGGAAUUAGAGCAGGCUUUGGAAACAGAAAGAUUACGCUUAGCUGCAUUACGUCGCUACCACUAUCAACUUGAAGGUGAAAAAUAAUGAUUAAGUUGUAAGCGCUACGUAAGAGUUAUAUUAACUUCGAACUAUCUCAUCGGCAUUAAAAAGUAUGAAACGAAACUUUUAUCAAUGGAAAGUAAACAGUUAAAUUUCAUCAUGAAAUAAUAUAUUACGAACGGAGGAUCUAUCUGAGUUGUCAGAAACGAGUUAUUGUAAUAUUUGCAUGUUUAAUGUUUAAUAAAUACAAUUUUAUUCAUUUUUAAUGAUAAUUGAA